AUGGAUAUCAUCUUGGGAGUUAGAGUCCAGGAUGCCACACUUGUUGCCACGUCCAAAGCAUUCACCAGAGGAAUCUCUGUUUUGAAAGAUCUGGACGACAAAACCAGACCUUUGAACGCCCACAAUCUAAUGGCCUUCACAGGAGAAUCUGGGGACACCGUUCAGUUUGCAGAGUACAUCCAGGCCAACAUCCAGUUAUACAGCAUGAGAGAGAACGACAUCGAGUUGCUGCCCAAAGCAACGGCGUCUUUUGUCAGAAAUCAAUUGGCCACUUCCAUCAGAUCAAGAAAACCGUACCAAGUGAACGUGUUAUUGGGAGGAUUCGACACGAAAACCAACACUCCCAGCUUGAAUUGGAUAGACUACUUGGGUACUCAGACAGAGCUUCCCUACGGUGCCCACGGUUACGCAGCGUUCUACUGUGUGUCGUUGUUUGACCGCCACUACCGUCCGGACAUGAGUGUAGAGGAGGGGAAGGAGUUGUUGCGGAUGAGCUUGGCAGAAUUGCAGAAGAGAAUGCCCAUUGAGUUCAAGGGGGUGUAUGUGAAGCAGGUGGAUGCCGAGGGGAUCAAGGAGGUGGAGCUUUGA